UGAUAGUGGAAGGCAAUGUCUGGCGAGACAUAUAUACUGGGUCAGGCACUUCCUCGACUAGAACAGUCAGGAUUUCAAGCUCAUCUGCCUCACAAUGCGUACCCACGCCGCUCUCCUGCUGGGACUGAGUUGGGCUGUGAGCCCCGUCGUCGCCGGGGGGUUCUCCUUCUCGGCUCCCAAUCUUCCUGAUUAUUGCUUCUACGCAGUCUAUCAAUCUCUUGGUUCUUACACAUGGGAAGGCGAGACUACGACAUCGUCUUCAAGCUCUGAAACAUCUGGACAUGGCUCUUCGUCCGGUAGCUCUCGACAAGGCUCCAGUAACUCUUCAGCCACCACGACUGCCAGCAGCUCUUCUAGCACUGGCGCCAAGGUUACACCCCAUGGUAAACGAUCAAUGAGAGAAAAGCGCGGACACCAUGGCUCAAGCUCAACUGGAUUGUGCACCAGCACCGUGGGUGUCAUGUCUGCGUAUGUCAGUGCCAAGUCAUGGUGCACCAAGGAACAAUUCAACAUGGCCAUCCCAACCUACUGGGAGAGUCUCUGUGAGGACGCCAGUGCAACUCUGAUCAGCCUUACCGAGAUUGAAGCCAACGCCACCGAUGAGUAUAUUGCCUCAUUGUCUCUCAUUGACCCGGAAACCAACAGCACCACUACUACUGGAACCAUCUCCACCCCGGUCCUGCUCAGCCAUUCCUACUACAAGCGCGCCUACAAGUCAUACGUGACUCACGACUAUGCGUUGAGUAAAGAUAUGCGGAUGGGCUGGGGUAUCAUGGGGUACUGGGGCGGUGUCCUGGCCCUCGGAAUGAUCUCCAAGGCCUGGAAGAUGGCCCACGCUUUUUUGAGGCUUUCUACCGGAAGUGAUGCCGAAAAGCGCAGUGGAUCUGGUCGUGCGUUGGGACCCAUUUCUGCCGCGGCACAUUUUGUGCGCACCUACAUUAUUAUCCCUGCCAGCUUUGCUCCAUUCCUAUCGAACCACCAGCAGCUGUUCCUUUAUCAUACGAUUCCAAAGCGACUGGAUACUUUAAUUGUCUUUGGCUUCUGGGCCGUGGCCAUCAUUCUGUCAUGUGUGGACUAUGAGAGUUUCACGGGUAACAUCCAGACGCCGAGUCUCCAUCAGCAAAAUUGGCAAUAUUCCUCUGAUCGGACUGGUAUUCUGUCAUAUGCUUGCCUGCCGUUCUUGUGGCUGUUUUCUGGACGGAACAACAUUUUCCUCUGGGCCACCGAUUUUAGUGUGCAGUCCUUCAACAUCUUCCACCGCCAUACGGCGUGGGUCUGCACACUGCUUGCAGUGGUGCACUCGAUUAACUACUCGGUAGUGUUUGCAAUCUACGAUGGCAGAUACUUCAGCGUAUGGAAGCAGGAGUAUUGGUACAUGGGUGUCGUGGCCACAAUCAUCAUGGUUUUCAUGCUGGUCCAAUCCGCAACCUACCUUCGUCAGAAAUCUUACGAGAUCUUCAUCAUCAUCCACUUCCUCUUUUCCAUCUUGACCAUCUUUGCCUUGUUCAUGCACACCAGCUUCGACGGAAAGACCUACACUCCGUAUCUCUGGCCCCUGGUCGCCAUCUGGCUCUUCGACCGCGGCCUUCGCUACGUCCGGAUGGUCUACUGCAACAUGCACGUCCGAUUCGGCAAGGGAUUCCUCAGCACGCCCCUCUCUACCGUGACCUACAGCUCAGAGAGUGAUCUCGUCCGAGUCGAGAUGUACCCUGCCGCGCAGUCCCUGAAGCCUGCCCCGGGUCAGCACUACUACCUCUACCAGCCCUACACCCUCCGAGGCUGGGAAAACCACCCCUUCACCCUGGGCUGCUACGAGAACCCCGACUCGAAGGAAUACGAGACCAAGCUGAUCUUCUACAUCCGGCCCUACGACGGCUGGACCAAGCGUCUCCGCAACCAAUGCCAGAAGGCGGGUGGAGAAAUCCGCACCAAGCUCCUCCUGGAGGGACCCUACGGCCACCAAGCCCCCCUCCACACCUUCGACAACGUCCUCUUCAUCAUGGGCGGAACGGGUAUCGCCUGCGCCGUGCCCUACAUCCUGGACCACAUCGCCCGAGUCUCAGCGGGUAAAACCAACACCACCCGCAUCCAUCUCAUCUGGACAGGUCGUCAGAAGAAGAUCUUCGACGAAGUCUGCUGCCAGGAUCUGUCCACUGCUCUAGAACACACCGACAUCACCACGACGCUCUUCUGCACGGACAAAUCCGCCGCCGGGGGCAUGAUUACCUCCGGCUCGACCACGCCCACAAAGGAGAAGGAAGCGGCCGUCGACGCCGCCGCCCUCCAAGACAAAGCCAGUGGAUCGAUUCGCUCCGUCGAGGACCUGAACGUCGAUCUACGCUAUGGCCGUCCGGCUAUCAACUCCCUCGUGCGGGCUGCCGCGCAGGAAGCACAAGCCAGCUCGGCUCGUUUGGCAGUGAUGACUUGUGGACCGGCCAAGAUGGCGGAUGAGUGUCGGACUGCGAUGUAUGAUGUUAUGAAGGGUGGGUUCCGGGAUAUUGAGUACUUUGAGGAGGCGUUUGGAUGGUAG